AUGAUUAAAAGUAGAGAUGUUGCUUUCAUUGAGAAGUAUAAUGAUUAUGUCAAUGUACCCAUUCCAUGUGAUACUGAUGUUACAGUCAAGGAGAGUCAGUCAGACAGUAGCAGCACCGCUCCAUCUACUAGCAGUGGGAUGCCAUCUGUCACUCAGUAUCAGAAAAUGCACACUCAGGAGUCGCUGGAAAAGGAAUCAAACGGACAAACUAGUAAAAGUGAAGACUCAAGUGAGUAUGACACAGAUACUGGGGACCUAGAUGAGACUUACUACCCCCCUCGUUGUGUGAGCCAGGACCAUGACACUAAUGUGACCGUAAGAUCACUCCGGAGACGUGAUAAACAAAAUAAUGAAGAUAAAGAGAAUUAUAUGUGCUUCUACACUGACUUGACUGACAAGUAG